AUACACGGGAGUCAAGCACGGGAGUAGCGAGAGAUAAGAAGUUGCUCGUAUUGGCACGUGUGAAGUGUGUCAAUACAAGAAUUGGAUCUUUUUUAUAAGGAAAUAUUAACCAUUGAAAACAACAGAUCGUUGAGAGAAUGGUCGUAAUAGGAAAGAAAAAGUACCAAUCCGGUGAGGGUGCUCAGUUUUUAUCACGGAGAUCAGCUCUAAAGAAACUUCAGCUUUCAUUGAAAGACUUUCGGAAACUAUGCAUAUUGAAAGGAAUUUAUCCCCGGGAACCUCGUAACAGGAAGCGAGCCCAACAUGGAGAUACAAGUAUUAAAACCUUAUACCACAAAAAAGACAUACAAUUCCUCAUGCACGAGCCUAUAAUAUGGAAAUUUCGAGAAUUUAAGAUAUUCAACCGAAAAGUUGGCCGAGCUAAAGCAAUGAAGGAAUUCGGUGCUUUGAGACGGUAUUUAAAUAAUCACCCGCAGCUGAAGCUAGAUCACAUUGUAAAAGAACGUUACCCAACAUUCAUAGAUGCAUUGAGAGAUCUUGAUGAUUGUCUCACGCUAUGUUUCUUGUUCAGCACAUUUCCUUCUAUAGCUCACGUGCCACGUGAGCACUCACUUUUAUGCAGGAGAUUAACCGUCGAGUUUUUGCAUGCUGUUAUAGCAGCUAAAGCACUUCGAAAGGUUUUCGUUUCGAUCAAAGGCUUUUACUACCAAGCUGAAAUCAAGGGGCAAACAAUCACAUGGAUAGUGCCACACCACUUUUCUUUUGAACCACAGUCCAAAAAUGAAGUCGACUUCAAAGUGAUGUCAACGUUCGUUGAGUUUUACGUUGUUAUGUUGGGUUUCGUCAACUUCAAGCUAUAUCAUGAUUUGAACAUGUUUUAUCCACCGAAAUUCAACAGUCCAGGAAGUACCGAUACGAAAUUAGUGGAUGAAGAAGUAUAUGUGUCUGAAAGAAUUGCUGCACUGAACUUGCCAUUAUCCAGUGUUAACAAUGCGACUCCAGCACCAGAAGAAGAGCUGGAUACGGAUCAAUUUCCGACAGAAGCUGACACUUCUCAACUUGAAUUAUCAAGAAUUGAAGUAGAAAAAGUAAAGAAACUAAAGACCCUAUUCAAAGGUUUAAAAUUCUUUGUGAACAGAGAAGUCCCCAGAGAACCCCUUGUAUUUAUAUUGAGGUGUUUUGGCGGAGAAGUAUCCUGGGAUAAAAUGCUAUUCGUAGGUUCCACCUUUGAUGAAAGUAAUGAAAGUAUUACGCAUCAAAUUGUGGACAGGCCAAGCAUGACAAAGCAAUAUAUCUCCAGGUACUACAUUCAACCGCAAUGGGUGUUUGAUUCUGUAAAUGCUAGAGAACUUUUACCCGUCGAGAAUUAUUUGAUGGGUAGUGUGCUUCCUCCGCAUCUUUCACCAUUUACAGACAUGCUGCGAGAUCAAACAUAUAUCCCGCCCGAACAACGCGCUUUACUCGACCCAGAAUUUAAAGUGAAAACAGCUAAAGAUGACAGCGAAGAAUCGGAAGCAGAAGAGGAAGGAGAUGAUCAACCAGAGAUAGAACAAGCGGAAACGAUUCUUGAAGGUGAAAGUGCAGAGGCCACAGAGAAUGAUAUCUCAGAGGAGGAACCUGAAAUCACAGUAACAAAAACGAAUGAUAGCGAAUCAGAGCAAGAGAGAUUGAAAAAGAAAAAGGGAAUGGUGGUGCAACAGGGUCAAUUGACCAGGGAAAAUCCAUGGGAGAAGAAUCGUAUUGAGAAACAGGAAUACCGUCUCAGGGAGAAAAUGAUAAAAAAGAAACAUAGGAAUUUGUACAAGAGUAUGAUGCAAGGAAAAGAGGACAGAGCAAAAGAGAUUUGGCUACUUAGGAAAAAACGACGCAUCCACGAUUCUACAGAAAAAGAGAAACGUAAACAGAUGCGAAAAGAGGGGAAAAUUAAAAAUGCUGUAUGAAUUCGAUCGGAAAUAUCCAUACGUCUUAUUGUAAAGAGAAAACGGCAAUAACUACAAUUAUCCAAAUUAGCUAUUAUAGUGUUACCGGAAUUUAAUUACAUGUUCACACUUAAACUCGAACUGUAUGCAGUUGUUUCAUGUGUUUACAUAUACGUAUGUGUAUCGUGUGUUUAGUACAUAACGAUACGAUAUAUGUAUGUAAUGCUUCAUGAUAGCUAAAAUAAAGAUUUUUAUGAAUUGCACUGUAAUGAUGAGAAGAUUAGAUCUGUCACGUGAAGCGAAUCAGCCAUCCCUCAAAUACUUUUAUGAUGUUGCGUUUUGAUUCUACUUGAGGAAUUGGACUUUGCUGCGAAAGAAUUGGUAAAAUAAUAUGGAUGUAAUUCUAUCGUAAUAAUAAAAGGUAAAUUAAGAGAGUUGCAAUUUAUCAGGCGUUAGAAAAUUGGUGCUCGAUUUUUUUAAAUACGUAAACGAAAUAA